GCAGUGUGGGAGUGUGUUUCAAUGGUGGAACAUGCCAAGGUGGCUAUUCCCAGAUGUGUCUCUGCCCCCCUGGAUUUGAAGGGCCCAGAUGCCAGUACGAUGUCAAUGAGUGUAUGUUCAACAAUGGAGGAUGUCAAGGUGAUUGCUGUAACAGUAUUGGAAGCUACUACUGCAGAUGCUCACCUGGGUUUGAAUUAUCACAUGAUGGUGUUACGUGCAUAGAUAUCAAUGAAUGCCGAAUUCAGAACGCAGGAUGCCGUGGCUCUUGUCUGAACACUGAGGGAAGUUUCACCUGUGAAUGUCCAGUCGGUCAGAAACUACAAUCUGAUGGAAGAACCUGCAUUGCUGAAGACCCGUGUCUGGUGAGAAAAGGUGGAUGUGAUCAUGAAUGUAUAUCGCAACCUAACGGACACUUCUCGUGUCAGUGCUACGACGGCUUCAAACUAGAACCCAAUGGGAUGACAUGCGCUCGUGCGUAUUCGUGUAGCAGAGAUAAUGGCGGCUGCCAUCAACUCUGUAUGACCUAUGAAGAUUCCGUACGAUGCAGCUGCCAUACUGGAUUUUACCUCCUUCAGGACAUGAAGACAUGCGCAGAUAAAGAUGAGUGUGAGAUGGGAUUCAACUCAUGUUCUCACUUCUGUGUCAACACUGAGGGGUCAUAUCGCUGUGAUUGCCCACCAGGCUACCAACUUCAGCCGGACGGAAGAUCAUGCGAACAGGAAUCCAUGGUGAUUAUUGAGGCAGUCGACCCAUGCAGGAAUAUCAACUGUCAACAUAACUGCACCGUCAUAGCCAGCAGUCGUACAGCAAUCUGUACUUGUCCAAUCGGGUUUCAACUCCGUAUGGACCAGUUGACUUGUGAAGAUGAGAACGAGUGUGAGAAUGGUCAGUCCUGCUGUCACCAUGAUUGCUACAACACGGAGGGUGGUCACUCGUGCGGAUGCUUUGCUGGUUUCGAGUUGGCCGACGAUGGAUGCUCAUGUAAUGAUAUUGACGAGUGUACAAACAACCAGGGAGGGUGCAGUCAGCUGUGUCAAAACACCGCUGGCGCCUACGAAUGUUUCUGCUACGAAAAAUUCAUCUUAGACUCUGACGGCACAACAUGCAGACGUGUGCCAGAGAUCAGGACACCAUCACCUCUUAUCCUCCCACCUGGUGGACGCGGAGACUUUCAACCACAUCUGCAGCCGGAUAUUAGCAUAAGAUGUCUACCGGGUGCCUUUGGUACGCAGUGUGAGUUCAGCUGUAGCGAUUGUUCAAAUGGAGCUAUGUGUAACCAAGAGCAGGAUGGAUGCGACUGCCCACCGGGCUGGACUGGCUUGGUCUGUAACGAGACGUGCCCUCUCAAUACCUAUGGUCAGGGAUGCAAUCAAGUUUGCCCCUGUGUGAAUGGCGGUAAAUGCGACCCCAUUAACGGAGGAUGUACCUGCCCUGCCGGUGUCCAUGGAGAGUAUUGUAGCGAUGGUUGUCCAGUGGGAAUGUACGGCAAUGAAUGUGACCGUUACUGCAACUGCCCUAGCAGUGUUCCCUGCGACAGACGUUUCGGAUUGUGCUUAUGCCCGGGCUCAUUUGGAUCACAGUGCAAUCACAAAUGUCCGGAGUUCUUCUUUGGGACAGGAUGUACAGAGCGAUGCGACUGCAGUAUACAUUACUCAUCGGGAUGCGAUGCGCUAACUGGGUCUUGUGCCUGUAAGGCGGGUUAUGAGGGAGUACGAUGUGAGAAUGAGUGCCCGUCAGGCCUGUGGGGCGAGCAGUGCCGUCACGUCUGUCAAUGUCCCGAUGUGUCAUCCUGCAGUAAGAUCACAGGUGACUGUACCCGUGAAUGUCCUGCAGGUUACUACGGAGAGGCUUGCGAACAACUGUGCGAUUACGGGCGUUACGGAGUCAACUGUAAAUUUGACUGUCGUUGCGGAGGCAACAACUGCAAUAAGAUUACAGGUGCAUGUUUCUGUUCGGCUGGCUGGACAGGCGUGGAUUGUGCCGAGGAAUGCCCUGACGGUACCUGGGGGUUGGAGUGUCAGGAGAACUGCACAUGUCCGUUAUUCAGCCAGUCGUGUGAUAAGACCAAUGGAGAGUGUCUGUGCCCGCUUGGUUUCUUCGGAGCCGACUGUAACUCAAGAUGUCCCAGAGGUCACUAUGGUCUGAUGUGCAGACACAGAUGUCAAUGCCAAAAUGGAGGGGCUUGUAAUGCUGAGACUGGGAUGUGCACCUGUUCACCAGGAUGGAGGGGUCCAACAUGCAGUGAUGAAUGCGGUGCUGGACUUUUUGGUCAGGAGUGCCAAUCCCGAUGCGAGUGUGAAAACAAUGCCGGGUGUGACCCCGUAACUGGUGACUGUAUCUGUACGCCUGGCUGGUCUGGCUCCAACUGUGAUGACGUGUGUCCAAAGGGUGUCUAUGGUGAGAAUUGUGACAAUGCCUGUGUGUGCAUGCACAAUGCCAGCUGUGACCAUAUAAGUGGAGCUUGCAUGUGUGCCCCGGGAUGGAGGGGCGCUAUCUGUGACAAAUCUUGUCCGGAUGGUUUUUAUGGUUAUGAUUGUCAGAACAUCUGUGUGUGCAGCAAUGGAGCUCGCUGUGAUCCAGCAACUGGAGAAUGUAAUUGUAAACCCGGCUACACCGGUGACCUCUGUGAAGAAGAGUGCUCUCCGGGAGAGUGGGGAAAGGAUUGCAUCUACGCCUGUGACUGCGAGAAUGACGCAAUUUGUGAUCAUGUGACCGGACGUUGUAUCUGCGCCAAUGGAUGGAGAGGAAUUCGCUGCGAUGAUGUUUGUGCAGCAGGAUUCUUUGGUGUGAACUGUGCGCAGCAUUGUAUAUGCCGCAACGGAGCACAGUGCAACUCAGUGACUGGAGAAUGUGACUGCCCUGCAGGGUACGUUGGCCACGCCUGUCAGUUUGAGUGUGCCCCAGGUUUCUACGGUACCGGUUGUGAUCAGAUCUGCCAAUGUCUAAACGGAGCUGAUUGUCAUCGAAUGGACGGCACGUGUGAUUGUCCAAGUGGCUGGUUCGGAGACAGCUGUGAAGCAAAGUGCAUGGAUGGCUACUGGGGAGAGAGUUGCAUGAAGACAUGUCUAUGUGUUAACGGCGACUGUGACAGAGUGACGGGAGGCUGCACUUGUACAGCUGGAUGGAGGGGUUUCUACUGUGACAAACCUUGUUUUACUGAUUACUAUGGUGAAGGAUGCGCCGAGGAGUGUUCAUGCGGAGAGGGUAACCCUUGUAAUCACAUAACAGGAGAAUGCACAUGUCCGUCAGGUUUCAGCGGUAAUGAGUGCAGCUUGCCAUGUCCUGAAGGCUCGUGGGGCGAUAACUGCGUUGAGGAGUGCACCUGCGUUGAGAAUGCUCUCUGUAAUCCAGAGACUGGAGAAUGUUCAUGUAAACCUGGCCACCGCGGAAAGAGCUGCAGGAAAGAGUGUCACCCUGGUCAUUUUGGACCCAACUGUAACCAGGUGUGCACAUGUUUUAAUGGCGCUACAUGCAACUCAACCGAUGGGACGUGCGUAUGCCUUCCAGGUUGGGUCGGACCAACGUGUAACCAAGCUUGCCCCAAGUCAACCUAUGGUCAGUUCUGUUCAGAGUCUUGCGACUGUGACAACUCCGCCGAUUGUAAUCACGUCACAGGAGAAUGUCAGUGUCCACCCGGCUUCGCUGGGCAGCACUGUGAGAAGAUUUGCCAGGCUGGACACUACGGUCACAACUGCUCCUUGAUCAAAGAUUGCCAUAACGGCGGCCGACUCAACUCCAGCUCUGGACUCUGCACAUGUAGUCUCGGCUGGCAUGGACCAACAUGUCAAGAAGAAUGCCCAGCCAGUCAGUAUGGUCCAAACUGCCAACUCCAAUGCGCAUGCGAGAAUGAUGGACGCUGUGACCGCAUGACUGGUUGCUGCGAAUGUGAGGAUGGCUUCUACGGUCAACGCUGUGAAUAUGUUUGUGAUCCAGGCUACUACGGGUCUUACUGCAGCCGUCAAUGUGAGUGCCACCCAUCCGCAGAGUGUGACCCGGUCAGCGGUCAGUGCCGCUGUCCAGCUGGCCGGACAGGGCCAGAGUGCAAGCAGACAUGCCCCAUGGGCUUCUUCGGUGCUAACUGCUUGGAUGUGUGUGACUGUGCUAACCUCUCCAUGUGCAAUGCCAAGACAGGAAAAUGUGAAUGCCCACCAGGAUUCAACGGGCAACACUGUGAACAAGAAUGUCUAGACGGCCGUUACGGACCGAAUUGUCAGUUCAUCUGCUCCUGCACGAACGGAGCGUCGUGCGAUCCAACUACAGGGAGCUGUAAUUGUAUAGACCAGUGGAUUGGACCCACUUGUGAACAAGGUGGUCCAUUACACUUUUCAUCAUCAUCAGCCAGGCGAGGGGACAUGGGUCCUCGUUUUUAACUUUCUCAGCAUGUUACCGGCAAAAUUAAACGUCUCGAAAAACCAGAUUGUAUCACCGUGAUAGGAAUGUUUUGCAGAGGUAUGUGAGUGAGUGUGCAAGUUUUUACAGCAAUAGGAAGCGAGGCCUUAAACACCAACAUCUACUUGUGGGACAAGUUUUAUUUAUACGAAACUGCGUAAUGCAGUUCUUCGUGUGUUGGUACAUGAAGCAUAUUGCAGGUUGGUGUGCUGCAUGGAACUUGUUGCUCACGGUGGUCGGGGAAAAAAAAAA